GGGGAAAUCCUGCGGGGGCGGUGCUAUCCGCUGCUGGGAGCGAGAAAUCGAAACUGAGCUGUUAAAACCGCUGCCGCGGCUCUUGGAGUCGCAGUCUCGAGACCCGCCACGCAUCCCAGCGCCGCCCGCAUCCAUCCUGCAGCGGCGUCGGCCCGGUCUGAACCAUGUAUACCCGCACCGGCGUGCAGGGCUCCGGGUUCGGAGCCCCCGCCGCCUCCCGCCCGACCCGGGACCCCCCUGCCUUGCGCGGGGAGCUGGGCCCACCGCAGGCGCCCAAGCAGGAUUUGGAGGCGGCUCCCGAGAGGCCUUCGCGGGAGAGCACGGAGCCCGUGGGCCCGAGGUUCACAGGUGCAUAUACCUUGGUAGCACCAAAUGAGAAACGAAGAAAUGAGAUACAACAGAUGGCUGCGAAAGAGCUGGAGGAGCUGGAAAGGUGGAAGAAACAACAAAGGGAGAAGUCCAUUAACCUACCGCCCAUGACGCUAGGGGGAAGCCAAUCAGAGGCUGAAGUCAGGCAGAGACAACAGCUUCAACUGAUACAAUCUAAAUACCAGAAGAAGCUAAAAAGAGAAGAAUGUGUAAGAAUCAAGAAGGAAGCUGAAGAAGCUGAAGUUCAAAAAAUGAGGGCAGCUCAGAGAGAGAAGAGCAACAAAUUAGAAGAGAAAAAAAGACUUCAAGAAAACCUCAGAAGAGAAACUUUUAGAGAGCAUCAGCAAUACAAAACUGCCGAGUUCUUGAGAAGAUCUGAGGCAGACUUGCCGCACAGAGGGGCCUGUCCAGUUGCUGGUGAUGAUCCACAGCCUUCAGCUUGGGAGCAGACACGUAUAGAGGAGGAGGAUGUGAAGAGACAUGAGAAGACUGCCGUCUGUAAGCAGGAGAGAGGCAGAGAUCCUUCCCUCACAGCCAUCGGAAGAAACAUGUAUAUAUCCUACCAACACUGUGUAUGUGACAGAUACCUGAGGACCUACUGGCCGGGGCAGGAAACUGCUCUGUGUUCCGUGGUGACCUCAAUGGGAAGGAAACGGCAACCCACGCAAACGGACAUCACAUUGUAAAGCAACGAUACUCCAAUAAAAAAAAAAAAGAAGCAGCAGCCAACUUUGUAGACACCUUGAUUUUAGACUUUUAGCUUCCAUGUGAGGCAAUAAACAUCUGUUGUUUAAGCCACCCGGUCUGUGGUUCUUUGUUAUGACAGCCCGAACAACCUAGUGUAAUACAAUGCCAUUUUUUGUUUAUUCACAGAAUGUCCUGCCCCUGCUUAGUCUGAUUCCUACUCUUUAAAAAGCAACCUAUGUCUCCUGCUUUGAGACUGUGUCCUUGAUCUGCUUUAAUUAAAUGUCCUUCUUUUUAGCAUCCCUUAUCACAAAACCUCUCAUGCUGUACUGUAAUCAAUAAUCUUGUUAAUCUUUCUGUCUGACUUCCAUACUAGGCUAUAAGUACUUGAGGCCUGGGGUCCUGUCUGACCUCAGGGAUUGUGCACAGGAGGCUGAAAUACUGCUUAUUGAAUGAAUAUAUUAUUAGUAUAGCUUGUGGGGGAGGAUGAGCAAAAGUGUAGUUGAGUAACAAAUUUAUCAUUAAUACGUUAAAUCAAUACUUUUUGAUAGAAAAUUAUAUGAAUAUAAUUACAUAGAAAUUUCUGAGACUUCAAGAAAGCUAGUGAUACCCAUCCAUGCACACACAACACUCAAGAUUAAAAUUUCAUCAUGAGAAUAAAAAUACAGAAAACCAGUAAUCGAGAGUCUUUGCCCGUAUUUUUAAAGAGAAACUUCCUGUCCUGCCUGGGGACCACAGCUGGGUCAGCCAGCACUGGGACUGCAGGUAGCUUUGAACUCUGUAGUUGCGAUGCCUUGUGAACUGCCCGGUUUCUGUGGCCUUUUCAUUGACACUUAAUGUGUCUAACCAUUUUUUUCUAAGUCAAAUAUCGUGCGCUGUGUCCAUGUGUACUCAGUCACGUCCAACUCUUCGCAACCCUGUAGCUUGUCAGGCUCCUCUGACAUGGAAUUUCCAUCCAAGAAUCCUAGAGUGGGUUGCCAUUUCCUACUCCAGAGAAUCUUCCCGACCCAGGGAUAGAACCCACAUCUGUUGCGUCUCCUGCAUUGGCAGACGGAUUCUUUAACAGUGUGCCACCUGGGAAACCCAGGACCCAUAUUCUGAUAAAAAACUCAACAGGUUGAGUUUAAAAGGAAGGUAUACAAAUAGGUUCCUCACUCAAGUCAUCUUAUCUGCUUUAACUAAAUCUCUUAUUCCUCCUUUUACUCCUUUGAAUAGAAAAUGUGCUACCAGCCUCUCUCCCCUCCUUUAAGAUCUUCUCAUGUAAAAAUAAAGGGUCACUAGACAAUGAUUCCCCACCGUUUAUAUCUUGUCACAGUCCCCUUGUGUUCAGGAUAUGGAUAAAGUCCUGGGAUGUGUGUGCCUGUCUGAUGUGGCAGGGUUUGGAUAUAUGUGGGCUUUCUGAACACAUCUGGACACAUUUGGAGCGCUGCAGUUCCACUUAUUAGUGCUACAGCUGAUGCAUCCUGAGAAUCUCUCUCUUUCCGGCGAGUGCUGCUUCUUAUUUGCUGGAAGAUGGGUUUUAUAGUGACAGAAAUGGAGGAAUGAAUUAAGAAGUACUUGAGAAAAAUUAUAGUAAGGGAAAAGGGGGGACCAGGCUACGGAAGCUUUAUGGAUUAUUAGUCCAAAGAACUAGGGCCUGAAAUAUGUCGCUGCUGCCAUGAUGCUGCGAGUAGUUUAUGAGAACAAUGGCUUUCCUACGUGUUAGCUUAUCAGGCUGGCCUCUCUGCCUUCCUGAGGGUGGGCUGCAAAUCAGUGUGAGGGAGAGAAAGUGUAUGACAGAUGAACAGAUAGAAUACUUGAAAUCUCAUCAAUUCCAGCACAUGUGGUCUCUGUGCCCAUGGCGGGGGCACCCUGACAUGGAGGGUCACUGGGACUGAAGGACAUCUUACUGCGUGUGCUGACUCUUCCGAGCUUCCCCCUUGAGGUCCUAAUUCAGCCAGAAAUGAUGGCUUCUGUGCUCCUGAACAGACUUUGCUUUCCCUCUCGGGCACAGAAAGGAACUUCAGGUACCGAUUAGGGACACAAAGACCUGGAGAGAAGCUCGUCUCUGGAAUUGCACGGCAUCAAUCACCAGCCGACACGCUGUUUAAUAGGACGUCAUUAAUGAGCAGCAGACACGUGCGUGCUGCUGCUGCGGCCGGUGUCACCACCGCCUGCCUCUGAUAUUCAUCAGCUAGUUGAAAUAUUCUUGAAAAAGUACAUUUAACUUUCCUCUGCUUCAAAUUCUCCUCACGAGAAGGAAUAAACUAUGUUGAUUAUCUCUGAGGGGAUAUUUUUUUAAAGCUUAAUUGAACAAAUGUUUAGAGUAUCCUUUAAAGUGCGCUGGAUGGUUGUGGUUGCGCUCGUCUCUUCUUGUACAUCCCAAGGGGCAUCUGCAGACGCGUGCAUAAAUCACUCAAUUUUAAGCACGUGUACGUGGAGAGCUUGCUAUAUGCUCAGGUUGAUCUGAGCAUAUAGCUCAGAUCAGAACUGGACCCACGGUAGGUGUCAGACAUUGUGGUGAUGCUUUUUCUCAUGAUUCUUUUUUUUCCAUACCAUUACAGGCCAGAAGACAGGCUUAUAUGGAUACUCUAAAGGA